CCCUUCUAGCCAGUUGUCUUGAAAGCAUCUCCACCAAUCAGAAACGUUUUCGUCAUGUGAACAGGAAGUGUUACGGGGGGAAAAAGCUGUGAAAGCUGGAAUUGUCUCUGGGACCAGGAUGACGAGACUCUCUGUGACCUGACAGAGAAAAGGAGCAGAAGAGGCUUUGAGGGUUAUGUGCCACUCAUAUUACUGAGCAAUACCAUAUCUGGACAUCAUGGAGCUUGUAGUGGCCAAGGUCCUUUGCCUUCUGGGAGUAUUUGCCCUCAUGUUGGCUGGGAUUCUUGUCCCAGUGCGCCUAAUGAUGCAGGUGGAUUAUGAAAAAGCCCAAAACUACAGGAAGGCUCUUGCACUCUGCAAUUCUUUUGGGGGUGGUGUAUUUCUGGCCACUUGCUUCAAUGCUCUUUUGCCAGCGGUAAGAAACAAGGUGGAUGAGGUCCUAAAGCUGGUGAAUAUAACCACAGACUACCCCCUGGCAGAGACCAUGAUGAUGCUGGGCUUCUUCCUCACCGUCUUUGUGGAGCAGGCAGUGCUCACCUUCAAGAAGGAGAAGCCAUCUUUCAUCAAUCUGGAGACCUUUAACGCAGGGGUCUCCGAGGCUGGGAGUGACUCUGAGUAUGACACUCCAUUCAUUUCACCCACCCGGGGCUCCCCUGUAGGCCACCACCAUGGGCAUCACCACGGACACCUCAGCCCCACUGAGCUGGCCAGAGCUGGGCCUCUGCGGCUGGCCAGCCUGGUCCUGGCUCUCUCUGCCCAUUCUGUGUUCGAGGGGCUGGCCCUGGGCCUCCAGGAGGACGGGGCCAAGCUGGGAAGCCUCUUCCUGGGGGUGGGCAUCCAUGAGACCCUGGCUGCCGUGGCUCUGGGGGUGAGUGUGGCCAAAGCUGCUUUGCCCAUGAGGGAUGCCAUCAAACUGGGUGUGACGGUCAGCCUCAUGAUACCCAUUGGCAUCGGACUGGGCAUGGGCAUCAAUAGUGCCCAGAACCUGGCAGGCAGUAUUGCCUCUGUGGUGCUCCAAGGCCUGGCUGCUGGUACUUUCCUCUUUGUCACCUUCUUUGAGAUCCUGUCUCGGGAGCUGGAGGAUAAACAUGACAGACUGCUAAAGGUGCUCUUUCUCAUACUGGGCUAUGGGGUACUAGCAGGCCUAAUGUUCAUCAAGUGGUGAUGGGCAGAAGAGGCCUUUUUAAUGCACUGAGAUGUCUAUGAGUAUCUUACUGGCCACACUUUACAUUGUGUGCACACCUGCACUACCACAGUAAACUUUUUUUGUUUUGAUAAAGGGGUACAGUAAAUCAAGUUUAAUAGUUUUUUUUUUCUUUGCAUUUACACGGGGACAUGUUUGCUUACUAAGUAAGGCUAGGUUACUGUUUUAGUUUCUGCCAUAGGGAAUACUCCCAUGUUCCUGCCAUUGAGUAGCAAUAGUGAAGUCAGUCAUUUUGACAGUAUGCUUUUGCAUGUGUUGCCAGACACAUGAUUACAUCUUAUGUAGAGAUAUCAGGAAAAAUACUCUAUAGCAUUUCAAGUAAAGACACUGUUAUCUUAUUGGCGUUUUGCAAGAUGAGUGAAGUGAUAUACAACUUUAUGUUAUAAGUAGGUUAACUACUGUAUCCCUAAUCAAAUAUAAGAACCAGUUCCCUGGAAACCUUUUGAGUAGCCUGUUGUAUGGUCCUGAUAUCUAUCGUCCGAGAUGAAAUCCAUGGUCUACUUUUCCAUUGUUUUGUAUUUUAAACAUUAUACAUUUUAACAGGGAGUCACAUUGAGAACCAUGUAUCUUUUUAUAAAUGAUGAGGUACAGGUUUUAUGGGUAGUAGAAGGUCUAUUAUAUUUUGUUUUAAUGAUCAUGAAGGAUGGGAAGACCAAUGUGGUCUCUACUGUACAUUGUUGUCACAUUUGUGCUGUUUGCAAAUAAUGGGAUCCCUGUGACUGAAGCCUUCAGACUUGGAGCUCUUGUUUGUAUUAUGUGUUAGGUGUCUUUACCACAGUUCGCUAUGACAGAUAAUUUUAUACAGCUUCUUAGAUGUAAUUUAGCCAUUUUCAACUAAACACUCCUAUUUCAAAUACUGCCCAGGAGUAUCCUUGUUUGUUUAAUUUGUAUUUUUUCUCCUAAUGUGAAUGUGUAGAACUUGUUUUGCAGAAGCCACUUACUGAAGGAAGCCUACAGAUAAAGGUACAUUUAUCAAGUUCAGAACUUGCUGCACUCUCUAAAAUCUACAUAAGAUCAAUUCAAUUGUUGUUGGUCACAUACACAUAUUUAGCAGAUGUUAUUGCGGGUGUAGCAAAAUGCUUGUGAUUAUAUAAACAUAGAGUAGGCUAGGUCAGUUUGAAUUUGUCCAUGUCAAUUUGUGCUUUUAGGGACUUUAAACAAAAGGAAACAUUAAUUGCUAUUUUAAUGCUGUAUUCCAAAAUAAAUUGUACUGCUAAAUUAUUCAGUGGCAACCAGAUUUCCUUAUAUAAUGAGCAGUGGAAAUGCACAUAAGUUAUGACUUGUAUUGCAACAUGGUAAUGGUUUAAUAAACUACUUUAUGUUA